AUGUUUUCUCUUUCCUGGAUGCUGGCGGCCCCCAAGAACCAGACUUGGUCCAAAUGGCCAAGUCUAUGGUUAAAGCCAUCCCUCUAGAGGAGAGGGAUGCGGUCAAGGGAGUCGGCACCCUUGACCUAGACGGCAUCAUGGUUCUCCUCUCAGAGACCAUGCUGCGAGUACAUGGCCUCCGAAGGCCAAUCAGCGCCAAGAACAAAGAGGUAAAUGCUGGUAAAGCUAUGACCGCCUCUGACGUUGAUAAGGAAAUGUUUCAAAUUGCCCAAAAUGAAAUUUUGACAACUGAUAUUCUUUAUUAUCAGGCGCAGGCUACUUCGACUGUCCGCACCAAGUUGGAGGCGGCCAAGAAGAAGAACGAUGAGCUGGAGACGACUGUCAAAAAUCUUCGAGAGGAGCUGAAGCCGCUUAAGCAUAUAGCGCACUAACAUGAAUCCUUGAAGAAAUCCUUGGAGAGUGUCAAGGAUCGCCUGCAAAAGUAGGAAGCGGCCAUCACCCAAGACCUCAAAGCUAAGGCCGAGGCUGAAAAGAUGGCUUUAGCUCAAGCCAUGAUGGAGGACUCGGCCCAGAUCAUGAAGAUGACCUGGACAACCCUCUUCCCAAAAGCCAGCUAUGCCGCCUGGGAAAAGAAGUUCAAUGCUUGUAUUGAAGAGUACAAAAGAAUGAUUAUGUAGCAGGCGGCUGGUGGAGACGAGGCGGCCGACUACAGCUCAGAAGAGGAGGAAGAAGUGGUGGCCCUUCAGCCAAUUCAGGAGGAUGCGCCUAAAGCUCCUGCAUUUGAAGGUAAGUCAUCCAAAGGGAAUGCACUCGAUCAGGCGACAGUUAAGACUCAAGCUCCUCCCAAUGCUUAAAGCUUUAUUUUUUCAAACUUUUAUCCUGCCUGCGUGCCAUUUGUUCUUGUAUCACUUUACCCGGCCAAGGGGCCAGGGUCUCUGAAUAUUUUCCCGGUCUUUAUGGCCGGCUUUUUAUAUAUGAAUGUGGCG